CCGCCGCGCCUCAGCGGCACCGGAGGCGGCCGCUGGCUGAACCCGGGCCGAGGGGCUCGGAGGGCUCUUUCCGCCGCUCACCGACCCCUCGAGCGGACCUGCGGUGCCCCCUCCCCCGGCAGGGCCUGCGGGCCGCGCCCCGCAGCCGCCACCCCUCCCCCCGGCCGGCCGGCCUCCCGGGGCCGCGCCUGCCUCCACUCCCUGUGCAGCGUCGCCAGCCGAGCCGGGAGAGGGGGAAUGGGCGGUCCCGGCCCUUAGCCCCCGGCUGCGGCGGCUGCUCCGCCUCCAGGGUCCCAGCGUCUCGGUGGCCUCCGCCCGAUGCUGGCGGAGCUGGCUGGGGUCUCCGCGGCGUUGUGAGCGCUCCUGCCGUCCCCCAGCCGCCAUGUCCGGCGUGGUGCGCACCCUGAGCCGCUGCCUGCUGCCGGCCGAGGCCACGGGCCGAGCCGGGGAGCAGCCGCGGCGGGAGGGCAAGGAGCGUAGCCGCGAUGCAGAGCGGGAGGCGCGGCGGCGGAGCAGGGAGAUCGACGCGAUGCUGGCCCGGGAGAGGCGGGCCGUGCGCCGCCUCGUCAAGAUUCUGCUGCUGGGCGCCGGCGAGAGCGGCAAGUCCACCUUCCUCAAGCAGAUGCGGAUCAUCCACGGCCGCGAGUUCGACCAGAAGGCGCUGCUGGAGUUCCGGGCCACCAUCUACGAGAACAUCCUCAAGGGCUGCAGGGUUCUGGUUGAUGCACGGGACAAACUGGGGAUCCCUUGGCAGUACACGGAGAAUGGGAAGCACGGAAUGUUUUUGAUGGCUUUUGAAAACAAAGCUGGAAUGCCCAUAGAGCCUGCCACCUUCCAGCUGUAUGUACCCGCACUGGGAGCGCUGUGGAGGGAUUCGGGAAUCAAGGAAGCCUUCAGCCGUCGGAGCGAGUAUCAGCUGGGUGAAUCGGUGAAAUACUUCCUGGAUAACCUGGAUCGGAUCGGUCAGCUGAACUAUUUCCCCAGCAAACAAGAUAUUUUGCUGGCUAGAAAAGCCACCAAAGGGAUAGUAGAGCAUGACUUCAUCAUUAAAAAAAUACCUUUCAAGAUGGUGGACGUGGGUGGACAGAGAUCUCAGCGUCAGAAAUGGUUCCAGUGCUUUGAUGGAAUAACUUCAAUUUUGUUUAUGGUCUCCUCUAGUGAAUACGAUCAGGUUCUGAUGGAAGACAGGCGCACAAAUAGACUUGUGGAGUCCAUGAAUAUCUUUGAGACAAUAGUCAAUAACAAGCUUUUCUUUAAUGUUUCUAUUAUCCUAUUCCUCAACAAGAUGGAUCUUCUUGUAGAGAAGGUAAAGACUGUCAGCAUUAAGAAGUAUUUCUCGGACUUCAAAGGCGACCCUCACAGGCUAGAAGAUGUUCAACGUUAUCUGGUGCAGUGCUUUGACAGGAAGAGGAGAAAUCGUAGUAAGCCGCUCUUCCAUCACUUCACCACUGCCAUAGACACUGAAAACAUCCGCUUUGUGUUUCAUGCCGUGAAGGACACGAUCCUUCAAGAGAAUCUGAAGGAUAUUAUGUUGCAGUGAAGGAAAACAGGCAGUGUUCUGUUAAAGUUUGCCAGAGGGUUAGAUCAAAGUUUUUAUCCUUUCUUUAUGGCCCUUGCAUGUGGUGUAGGACCCAUGCUAAUUACUUGGCUCAGGAAUGCUGUAAACUAGCCAGUCCAAACAGAGGAGCUAUAGGCCGAAGGAGUCAAAUGUUGAUGUUAGCUACUGAAUCAUUUGGACUAGAAACACUACUGAAACAUGGCCGUUGUAGGUUCUGUACCUAGUUUGGAAUGCUGAAUAACACAACCACCUUCUGCCUUCUUAGAAAAAAGAAAUCUCUGACAAACCAUGUAUGGAAGACACGUUUUAAAUGAGUAUGCUCAUUUUUCAGAGACACUAGUCAUACAAACUGCCUUUUUUUUUUUUUUGUAGUUUGGAGGUGCUGAAUCGAUCAAACUAAUGUUAAAUGUAAGAGAUUGGCAGCUGUAAUGGAGAAUGUUAAUGGAAGUUCUGUUCUUAACCCUUAGCUUUGCCAAGAGGUCUGGAAUCCGCUUAUCAAGGUGGAUGCACAGCUCUUGUCUGAAGGUUUUGCAUGAGUCUCCUAAGGCAAAAGUAUGAAACCAUGUAAGGAAACCAGUAUUGGAGUAAAUUGGGAGGGAAGUUAAGGAUAUGGAGAAGGCUUUAUUUUGCACUAUGUGUGAAGGGUAUUGUAUCAUGGGAAAACUGAUUUCCUUGGUGAAGCAGCCUGUGCUAGAGCGCCUGACCAUGUAUCUGCCCAGUGGGUGCUCAAGUGAGAUGUACGUGAUGGAAAUUGAGCACUGUUCUCGCACCCGCAGUUGGCAGUGUCUGUGAAGGUUUGGUAUCUUGUGUAGCA